CGCAGGCUGCAGCCAUGGUUGGAACGCUAGGAUGACCGCGGAGGAGAUCGACGCCUGCGAGAUCACAAGUGUAUAGGCGAUGGAGGACAUCGUUGGUUAACACUUAAGACCACUUGUUAUCAAACGGAGGUUUGUUUGCUGAAUUCUAAUCACGGGGGAUUUAUUUUUGGGAACCAGGAUUUUAUAUCUCUAUCCCAGUUCAGACUUCAGAGUGCUGAUACUUGAAAGUUGAAAUAGGUAAAACAGUUGUCUUCUUUUCGUCUAUAGCCAUUUUGAAACUAAUCCGUGCAACCUCCCUUGUCAACAAGUUUUAGUCCAAUGCUUUUCUACACAACGUGUAUUUUAACGUAUAUACUACUCACGACUUUGGGAUCCAACACUUUCUUAUGAUGCAUGUGCAGUGGUUAAAAUCAGUAGCCCCUAUUAUACACCAGAUUAGGAAGGGAAUCCACAACUAAGCUGUAUACUGGAUUAAAUCCAAAUAGUUGCGUCUAGAUUUAGGCAGGACCAUGGUCCGUCCUGUAGGCAACAUAUGACAGAUGAUCGGUACUUGGCUUUUUAAUAUGUGCAAAGUCCAUGCCACUCAGUACUGCUGGACAAAAAUAAUCGUAUGCAGGGUUUGAACCAACAAUCAACAGUAUCACACAUACGCAUGUACAUGAUAACCAAUUUAACUAGUUGGGUUUGCAUGUUUCUUGUGAAAGGAGGAGCUGUAGUAAUGAUGGCAGCUAGUUAUUCUGCACAAACACUACAAGUCCACAACAUGCUAUAAAAAUUCUAGAUCGUUGAUCAUGUUAUGCUAACUUCAUUCCAUUGUGAUCAUAAUAUAGAACAUUUGACGAGCCUUCCCAUUUACUAUGUGCAUAUAAGUACUAUAACAUUUGAUGCAGUGUCAGUGUUUCGUUGAAGCACGCUAUUCCUAUCAUGUACUCAUUUUGAUAUUGUAGUGAUCUGGUUUAAUCUUCAUGAUUUCUGUCUGUCUGCAAUAUCCACUAUUUGUGGAUGUUUAAUUUGAACUCAUCUUGCCUCCACCCCAUGUUUGCAUCCAAGAUAAUAUGAUAAUAUAUGCAGGGGCGGAGCUAGAGAAGUGCAUACCAGGGUGCCAAGCUCUAGAAUAGGGUGAAAGGUGAUAAGAAAAACUUGUCUUAACUUGUUCCAUUUUUCGUUGGACUUGGCUUGGGAUUUUAUUAUCAAUAUUGGAAGCACACUUUGCUUAUUUGUUGGUCUAUAUGCAUUUCUAAUUGUUUUUCUCUUGUUCAUUUAUGUUGUGUGUGUCAAGAAAUUUCAUGUCAGGUACAUGAUUGUUUGGUUGACCAUGGUCUGUCCUGUUCGAUAGUUGGCCUUGGCCACAUUCCUCCCUAUUCACAUGUCCAUGCUAGCUCUCUCAGUUAAGAUGUCAGAGAUCUUAAUAGUUAUUUCAGGUGCUACCAAUGUCUUUCUCGGAGUAUGCCAUUCUCUUAAGUUUAUAGUGUCACUCAGCUUCUAAUGCAUUGACCCCUCAUUAGAUACAAUGACCACAACAAAAACUAAAAAGAAAUGUACCCUGUUAUGCAUGGAGAGAGAAAAUAUUUUCACCCCAAUGAAUCUGUCUCGCGAGAAAAGGGGGACAAAGUACUAUAUAAUAGGAGGAAAUGGAGUGUACAAAAUAAGACAUAGAUGUGUAUAUAAAUAGAAGGCUCGCAACAAAAUCUUCUCCCGAGAUAUGAAUUUCUUCGAUGCCAUUAAAUGCAAAAGAGAAAGUAUUCCCUAAAUGAAUAAACGUUCUACCAUUAAGUGAUAUGAUAAUUUAUACAUGUAGCAAAUGACAAGUAAUAAUACGAUAUGGAAAAUUGUAUCCAUAGUGCUAAUAUAGCACUAAAAAAAAUUAUCCAUCAAAAUAUCACGUAUACAAAUACCGUACUAAAACCGGACUAAUCCACUGAUAUAUAUGAUAAAUUUGAUUAUUAAUUUUUUGUUAUGUUUUCGAUAUUCCAUUAGGGAACUUUCAUUUUUGUUAACAUAUUGAUGUUGUCAAACCGAAAGAGCAACAUACAUAAAUAUAUUUGCAUUACCUUGUGCAAUCAUAUACAUGUUUAAGUAAACUUUUAGAUAUGAAGAGUGUUAGAAUGCAAAUAUGAAAGGGAUAUGGUGGUGGUUUCCUUUUCCUCAAAAUCCGGCUUUCUCGUUUUUACAAACCCAUUUUACUGAAGCAAAAAAAAAAUGAUAUAUUGUCCCUCCACCCAUCCCAAAUUCCCCAAUUAGAUUCCAGAACUCUGGCUAGGGCCGCGCCUAAAGAUCCAGCGGCGGUAGGGCAUGGUGGUCGGGGCCGCUAGCGAGAGGCACCAGGCGCUUCUCCUCGGAACCGGCUCCACCACAGAUCAGCACAGUACAAGUACACUAACGAAAAGCAUGUAGUGAAGGGCCUCAUUAUCAUGCGGUGAAGGGCACAAUACUGGGAAGACUAUGAGUAGGAGUGUGGUGCAUCACGGAAUCAGAGCAAGGGUGGCUUCCAUUCGAAGCAAAAGGGAUUCCCACCAGCAAAUGAUCUCACUUGUUACAGUUUUUUGGAUUGUUGGGUAUUAAAAAAUAGGGAUUGAUGCCUUGUGAAUGUUUAUGUAUACAAACGAAUUGUAUUGCCUAAAUUCAAAGAAACCAUAACUUUAUGUUAAAUGUUGAAAAGUAGCGCACUGUAAAAUUCUAUUUUUAACUCUAUAACAGAAGAUAUCUAACAUAGGUAAAGUACCAUGCUCUUUCUUAUUUCGAUCUUAAGAGUUAUUUUUAAGGUGGUACCAUGCUCUUUCUAAUUUGGAUCCAUUUCAAUUUAAUUCAUAGAGUUCAUUCGAAUAUGAAAUACCAUGUGGUAAUUAAUGUAUCACUUAGUUCACCUACUGUCCGAGUUAAGCAUUAUAGUUUUAAGCUGUUAGAAUUGAUGGCUAACACAUAGUAUAUGAACUUAAACUAUUAAAAAAAAGUGCAUACAUUGCAUAUUCGCAUUCUAACACUCUUAGUGUCUAAAGUUUACUUAAUAACACUUAUGAUUGUACAACGUGUUACAAAUAUAAUUUUGUAUGUUGCUCAUUCGGUUCGACAAACAGAUAUGUUAAGAACGAGAACGAAAGUACCCUAACCGACUAUCCAAAACAUAACACGAAUUAAAAGAUCACAUUUAUGAUAUAAUUUGGUGAAAUAGUUCGGUUUUAGUAUGGUUUCUGUAUAUUUGAUGGAUAAUUAUUGUUUUGGUGCUAUUUAGCAAUAAGGACACAAUCGUUCGUUCUGUAUUAUUACUUGUCAUUUGUUACAUGUAUAAUUAUCAUAUCACUUGUAGUAUGACUAUUUAUGUAGAAAAGAUUUUCUUUUGCAUUAAAUGACAUUGAGGAAAUCCAUAUCUCUAAAGAUUUUGUCCCGGGUUAUCUAUUUAUACACAUGCCCAUGUCUUAUUCUGUAUACUCCAUCCCCUCUUGCUAUAUAGUCCCUUUUCCCCCUUUUCUCGCGAAACGUAUUCAUUGAGGUGAGAACAUUUUACAUCGUUUCUCUCUUUGUGCCUAACGUGGAUAACUUUGGUUACAUUUCAUUUUAAUUUUUGUUGUGGUCAGGGCCUGCGCAUUAUAAGUGGAGUGGCAAUAUAAACUUGAGACAAUGAAAUACUUCGAGAAAGAGCAUGGUAGCACCUUAAAAAUAACUCUUUUCUACUGCAAUGCCAUGUUAAAAGUAAUCUCAUUGGGUGUCGUGUGGUUUCUCUCUUCUCUCUUUUUUCUUGCCAUAUUAUGAGAUGAUGCCAUCAAGACAUGACUUUUGGAUGUUUUCUUAUCUUGAUUUACUACCUUUUCUACCGCAAUGCCAUUGCAUACAUGGAUACGUCUUCAUCUGAUUGGGUCGGGUGUUAAAUUCCUUCGAGUAUUUUGUACUGUCCUUAUUCAUGUUCACACUCCCCGUCUUUUAGUUUAUUUGUAUGUGUACACAAAAUUAUGCAUUGUGUUUGCAUUGCAUCCGGUACUAUAUAUUCACCCCUUUGGACUCUUCAAAAGACAACUCAACCCACACAUGUGCCCUCCCCAAUCCUUUCGGUGCUUCAGUUACGCGACAACAACUCUAUGAUUGAUUUCCUCAAAAUUCAUAAUCGUGAUCUUCAUGAGCUAUGCGGGAUUGAAGCCGGUUGCUCUAUCCAUGCCUCAAGGUAGCGGACCACAAUCUUCUGAAGGCUCGAAGUCGGGUCUUGGUGAGGCAGGCUCGAACUCCGGUCUUGGUGAGGCACAUCCUUGUGAGAGCUCGAACUCCGGUCUUGGCGAGACAAGCCCUGACUUCAGUGGUGCCAGUUUCUCGUUGGAUGACAACGAGAUCAACGCCUACAACGGCAUCCUGAACCUCCAAGCGCCUGACUUCACCACCGUCAUGGCGAUUGUGCACGGCGAAGGGUACUGGACCGAUGUUGCGUGGUACUUCCAGGACUCUGACUUCGUGACUCUCCUCAACUUCAUGAACAGCCUCGGGCCAGAGACCGUCGAGGACGAGGACUUUCUUAACUUUGCCAACAUCGUGAGCUUCACAAACAGCCUCGGGAAGGAGUCCGACGAAGAAGACGACAUGGUCAGGGUGUUGCUGAAUGUGGAUGAUGUUUCGGAAGAAUUGUGAGCAGGCAGGGGGGAGAUAGAGCGUAGGGCGUGUGCUGCCAUCAUCUGGAAGACUAAGUAUGCUUGAAUAUGAAGUUGUGUGGCGCUGGGUUAUUUUUUAUGUUAUGCCAAAACUAUAAAUUUUAUUCAGAUUGGUUAGUGUGUUGUAUGGCUGAUGUCUCCGUGCCGUGGGGCGGAGAGGUGAUGUAUCAUGUAUGUUUGUUUCUUG